AAACUGCUUCCUUUUUCCCAUUCUUUCUCUUCAGUCUUCACUGCUCUCUCUCUCUCUCUCUCUCUCGUAUCUCAACUCCAUAGGAGGAGAAGGAGGAGGAGGAGGAGGAGGAGGAGGAGGUCCUCCAUUAUUGUUGCUAAAGGUUUUGUUUCCAAGAACCAUCCAUUCUCCAAAAUCCAGUGCAAAGUCUCAGACAACAGCAAGAGCCAAAGUUCGUUGAUGUUUGGCUCCAAAGCAGUCCAUGAGAUCCUGCUGAAACUUUCAAUUGCUUACCAUUUCGUAAACCAUGAUGAGAUACCAGACUGUGAGCACUGAAUGCAUUCCACUGAGCAUUGGCAAGAAGCCCUUGCUGAAAGCCUGCAAAGAAGACGACCUCGUUAGCAACAAUGGCGGCGGCCGAGCCUUUGAUCCCAAGCCUUUGAGAGCAAGCCAAGACCACCAGCAUCAGCAUGAGCCUCUACUCCCAGAACCGGAGAGAUCUCCGGUCUCCGUGCCAAAGACUCAGAACGAGAGCAACGGCGACGUCUUGCUCCAGUGGGGGCGUAGGAAGAGAACUAGGCUCUCGCGGGCUGAGAGCCGACCUGCGCCGGAGGAUGACCAUGAGUCUGAGUCCUCACGCCCUCCGAUCAAAGUUCGGCGAAGGUCAGCCGCCGGGUCGAAUAGGUUAGGGGCUGCGGCGGCGAUGCCUCCGCCACCACCGCCUCCGUCUUUUGGCCGUCUAAGGCCUUCUCCCCCUUCUCUUCUUCCUCACAGGAUUACUGAUCAUGCAAGCAGUUCAUCAAGGCCAGAGAAGAGACCAUCAGCACUGCAACAAGAGAAGAGUUCAAAGAUGGCAAUUGGUGACAUCUCCUUGAAUUCUGAAACCUCUUGUCCACCAAAAUCAAACAGAGAAACUGUAGAUAUUGCUGGGGCAAGCACCACUACAACCAAUGAAUGGCCAAGAAUUCUCAUAGCUCUUUCUAGGAAGGAAAAGGAAGAUGAUUUCCUUGUUAUGAAGGGCACCAAACUCCCCCAAAGACCCAAGAAAAGACCGAAAAACAUAGAGAAAACUCUUCAGUAUUGUUUCCCUGGACUCUGGCUUUCUGAGUUGACAAGAGGAAGGUAUGAAGUCAGGGAAAGGAAAUGUGUCAAAAAGAAGAAGAGAGGCCUGAAGGGGAUGGAGAGUAUGGACAGUGAUUCUGAAUAGCAAGACUCUGCAAUUGCCAACACUUUCUAUUGCUUGUCUCUUACUGUUUUUUUUUUUUUACCUUUUCUUUUCUUUUCUUCUCUUUCUUGAUGCUGAUGUGCCUAGUAAAUUUAAUUU